AUGUAAGAAUCCUAAUCUCAAUCAGACUUUAAGUUACCUUUUAUUGAAUAUCACAGUCAACAUAGAUUACCUAUAAGAAUGAAUCCUAGUUUCAGAUUGAAACAUACAAAUCCUGUUAGAGUACAAUAUAUGAAGUAUAUGGAAAGGAGAAGUGUGGAUGAAAUUAAAAAUGAAACUUAUUAUUUAGAGAAAUUUGCUAAAUUUAAUAAAUAUCCAUAUCAUGAAAGUAACAAAUAGUAUUAAUUCUAUUAUAAUUAUAAGUGAAUCAAGAAAUCGAGAUAUUCUAGCUAAAUAAUAAAAAGAAAAGAAACCGUCAAUUAAAUAUCAAAAACCUGCCCUUAAAUAUUUUAAUUUGGAUGAUUCUGAUAAUAAUUUAGAAUAAAUGGAAUCUAUAUUUCACAACCUCAAACCAAAUAAAGUUUUUAUUUCAUAAUGA